AUGCUUCUCUCGGGCCUACUGAUCCUCCUGCUAUCACUGCGAAGUACUCGCGCUGAUACCGCUUCCGAAGACACACAAGGCAGCGCAGUGGCGUCACCGCUCGUAUACUCGCCCGUUGUGCUCAGCCAGCUUUGCCAAGAUUCAAGCAACUACUGCAUCUAUGUAGAUCAGGUCCGUCCAGGCGCUGUUCAGGCCUCGCCCAUCAACGCUACCGACAAUCAGGGAGGCUUCCUCAUCGAUCGCAGCCAGUACCUUGCCAGCCCGUUCCGCGUGUGCUAUGGCGGCUGCUGCAUCGCCCUCAAUUUCGCCAUCAAGCCGGGUUGCGUGUCGAUGCGCUACUACAAUCGCGGCGAGGACGAGUCGUCGGGCCAUUUGCUCGCUCGCUUUGCCGACACUUAUCAGUUCACCGUGGGUCCUCGAGACUUCAUGAAAAAGUGGCUGCAGGCUUGUUCGAAAGACGGUGAGCCGUUGCCGUAUGUUGUAAUUGCAGCGAGGGACAAGCCUCGCAGGAGACUAGCCACGCAUCCGCCCGCACUGAUGCUGGCUGCGGAGACUGUGUCCAAGAUGCAAAUCAACGCAGGUCAGGCGAAGCAGGACGAGCAAAUGCCUGAGGGUGCAGACGGGAGCGAGCCCGUGAUCGAUCCCAAGGCCGAUAUGCUUGCUCCGUUGUAA